AUGUGGAAGCUCAUCCGCAACCUCCCAAUCGCCAUUCCGUGCUACCCCGGCCCCUACCAUAACAAGGAUCAAUGUGCCCAUGUCUAUUCGCAACGGUAUAAUUCCACAUUCCAGGAACUGUCUCCUGUGGGGUACUGCUACCCGACCGAUGAGCCCUGUCCACCAGUUGAUCUGCGCAAGGAAACCCCUGGAAAGUGCACCCUCGGGCCCGCUCCGGUGUAUACGAUCAAUGCUACCGAGCCGGCGGAACUUGCCGCGGGUAUGGCCUUUGCCCAGAGGCAUAACAUCCGGUUGGUUGUAAGAAAUACUGGGCAUGAUAUCUUGGGAAAAUCCGAGGGUUAUGGCGCACUUCAAAUCUGGAUCAAGUAUAUCCAGAAGGGUAUCACUAUACAACACAAAUACAGCCCUUCCGAUAAAUGCUCUGAGAGUGACUGGACCGGCGCGGCGCUCACGAUCGGGGGUGGCUAUGUCUGGGCAGAGGUGUAUGAGUUUGUCUUCAAGCGCGGCAUUACGGUUGUCGGCGGUGGCGACCCGACCGUGGGCUGCAUUGGUGGUUACAUACAAGGAGGCGGUCAUUCACCUGCAAGCCACGAUUACGGCCUUGCCGCAGACCAAAUACUCGAAGCCCAAGUUGUUCUUGCAGAUGGCUCAAUUGUGACUGCCAACCCGUGCCAGAACUCAGACCUAUAUUUUGCGAUCCGUGGGGGUGGAGGUGGGAGCUACGGCGUCGUGACCUCCAUGACUGUCAAGGGAUAUCCUUCCAAGCCCGUCGUGGCUCAAUCGCUCACCAUCAUGCCUCUCACAAACGAUACAGAGAUACUGCUAGAUGCGAUCACACAAAUUUGGGAAGACUAUCCACGCCUCAUGGAUGCAGGCUUCUCAGGAUAUGGAACAUGGUCCAUCAACAGCCCCGCGGUACUCUUCGCGAAGCAGACCGUUGGCUAUGUACACGCUAUUGCAGCUAUGGACAAGUCAAUCAAGGAUGCCAAAAACACUUUCAGACCUCUCCACCAGAAACUGGAGAAAUACAAUGGGACUUCGCUCUGUGUCUCAGUGUCCUGGUUUGAGUUCCCCACAUAUGCGGCUUACUACCGUGCCAUGUCUGGCGUCCACCAGCCCGUCGGCUCGCCGAACUCUGCUUUAACAUCGCGCAUGUUCAGUAAAGCCGCUCUCACAGACAGCCACUCCGAUCUCCGCAAUAUGAUCGGUGUCAUUGCAGGACGGCCGAAAGAAAACACUAUUAAUAGUGUGGAACUUGUUGGCGGAGACAAAGUUAUCGCUGACAAGGAUGAUAAAUACUCGGGUGCCAACCCUGCCUGGAGAUCUACUUACAUUGUCAACGUGGUUGGCCGAGGCUGGGCGGAGGGAAGUGAUAUAGGUACUGCCCAAAGAGUCAAAGAUGAUAUCACUUAUCACAAAGGUGGGGCGAUGAGACGCCAGACGCCAGAUGGGGGCAGCUACAUGAACGAGGCUGAUAAAAAUGACCCCCUAUGGGCCUCUGACUUUUAUGGCUCCCACUACCACCGCCUUGCUGCGAUAAAGAAGAGAUAUGACCCGAAUGAUCUCUUUUGGUGCCAUACAUGUGUAGGGAGUCCGUCUUGGCAUCAGCAGUAUUUGGAUGGCAAGGACUACGGGCCUCUUUGCCGGACUGGACAAUGA